UCUACAUUUGUAUUUUUUUCUGUCCUUAGUGGUCUGACUGCUGUUUGAAAUUUUUAGCCGAUUCAACUUUUCUUGAGUACACAAUAAAUAAGCCGAUCACACAUACCUGACCGAAUUAAGUCGAAUUAUUUGAAGAAUAAAUUGAACGUUUGUUUGCGUGUACAUCAACCUCAUACAGUGCUGAUAAACGCAAUAGCAUGGAAAUUUGUUUGGUUUCACAUCCCACAGAACUUCAUAUGAAUAACAUUCUUAAUCGAUUUAUUCUGAUCAAUUUCUUUUUUGUCGCUUGGAGCUGAAUCUACGUAUAUUUAGUUCCAUCAGAAAUAAAACUGCUGGCCAUUGUCAUGGCGUGGAUAUAAAAUUACAAAUGUCUUGCUCUGAUACAAUGGAAUGUCCGGAACUGAAACUUGAUUGAUUAAAUUCCUCUCCCUUUAUUUUGCCCACAUUCGAAUUGGAGUGAAAAUCUAUGUUUAUUUUAAUCUAAAAACACACAUUUUUGUAGAUAACAUGUAGAUAAAAAAAUCAUUAAUUGUGCUAUUAUUCUGAACGCCGUGAACAUAUUCAAUACUUGCUACGACUAAUUGAAUUAGCGGAAAAUGGACGAUGCGUGGAAUAAUGUGGAAUUAACUAAUAUAUCACGUCGGAAAUCGUAUACAUUAAAUCAUAACUACGACGCAACACCUAAGACUACGUGCAACAAUAACGAGGAACAGGAAACGCCAAAGGUCGCUACGCUACCUGAAACAAAAACUGAUUCUGAGGCUUGUCUCCAGCCAGGCUCUGAUAUAAAGCCUAAAGUAACUAAUGAGGACGUUGAAAGUUUGCUGCGUCGAUUGUAUGGCAUAUCAUUGGGAGAAAUUAAACCAAUGUUAUCAUAUGAUGAUCGCAACUAUUUAGUUACCGAAGAUCCAAAUAUAAAAAAUCCAUUGAUAGUUUCACAUUCGCCCCAUGGCUAUGUACUGAAAAUUCUUAAUUCUUUGGAUUCAAAAAAGGAGGAUGUUGUCGACGCACAGAAUCAGUUAAUGUUGUAUUUGUCAAAACAAGUAAAAUGUCCUCGCCCUGUGGCAAAUGUUAACGGAAAGUAUUAUUCUGUGGAAACGUUGAGUGGCGUAGAUCAUAUAGUUCGUUUGUUGGAAUAUAUACCGGGAAAAAUGCUGCAUGAAGUUCCAAUUACAAACUACUUAUUAUACAACUGUGGUGAAUAUCUAGCUCAAAUUGUAAAAAAUUUGAAGAACUUUGAACAUGCUGCCUACAAUUCUCACAAGAGUACUUGGCAAUUACAGUCUGUACCGAACCUUAAGGAGUUUGUAUAUGUUUUGAGUGACGUUUCUCGCAGGGCAUUGGUCGAAGAAAUUAUAGAAACUUUCCAACAAAAAGUUUUGUCUCAAUUGGGCUCUUAUGAAAUGCAAAUUAUACAUGGGGAUUUCAAUGAACAAAAUAUUGUUGUCGAGCGGUUUGGUGCUAACGAACAGGAUUAUAGGGUCAAAGGUAUAAUCGAUUUUGGAGACACUAACAAAUCACCUAUAUUGUUUGAAAUUGGAAUUGCACUUACCUAUAUGGUAUUACAAGCAAAAAAUCUUGAAAGCGGUGGCAUUUUUCUCGCUGGUUUCGAGACGGUGUGUCCUUUAAACGCGCAUCUUAAACAGAAUUUGAAAUAUUGUGUGGCUGCUCGCUUAGCCCAAAGCCUGGUGAUGGGGGCUUACACCCAUUCCCUUGAUCCGUCCAACGAAUACGUUCUAGUCACACAGGAACAAGGUUGGAAACUAAUUGAAGAGCUGUGGCACAAUACACUUGAUACAAUCGAUGAUAUUUGGGAGGCUGCUGCUGACCAUUAUUUGAAAAGCAGUGUGAAAUAGGUCAAUGCUAUGCUCCACUUAUCACUUCAAUGUAUUUAUGUUAUCUUAUUAUAUGGUCUACAUUUUGUUUUUAUGUCACUAACGAUUUUUAACUAUCAAAACAUCACGCCUAUAGUCUUCCUACAUAAGUCAAUUUCUAGCAUUUGCUAAAAACAAGUAUUAAAUAUCAAUUAUUUUUAAAUUUACAAUUAAUUAUGUAUUUUAAAUAAACUGCACAUAAUUUUGUUUUUAAAAUAUAAA